UGUUCAAAUAAGGAAGUCAUAUUCGCAGGAAAUUUAAUUAGGUUUGUAAGCUUAAGAAGGCCGCUACAGUGUUUUGACGAAACCUUACACAGGCUACAAUUGCUGGGGAAAUGAAUUUUAUUCUUGACCGAUGUGAACUUUUUUAAGGACAAACUGUUUUCGGGGAUAGUUGUUAUAAUCUGUAUCGCUAGAAGCUCAGAAAAUGUCGCUGUUGUGCUCCGGAAAGUAGUUAUAUUCUAUACUGAUGAAAGUCUUCCAAGGAAGUCGAACAAUUUUCGAUAAAGAAGUUGUUGAAAUAUCGCUGCUGUGUUCAAGUAAUACUGUGCGUGUUUUGAGGAAGUUGUUGUAUUUUGUACAGGUGAACCAUUGUAAACGGAAUGACAUUGUUACAAACGUAAGAAAUAAGUAACUGUCCGACACAAUUCCGACACAUGUUCUUGACCGUGUCCUGGAGGUUUAGUUUUUGGCUUUAUGUACCAGUACAGGGCGACUUUCUUUAGCUGAGAGGAUGAUGCUGAAGUGUAAGAUGAGAGUGUUUUUACUUCUGAUCCAGGUGUGCUGCAGUCUUAGCCAGGCCUGCUCUGCUGUCCUCUAUGACAAUUACACCAUUGUCACAAGUUGCCUACUAGGAAAUUUCGGACGGUCGGAGUUUCUGCGAUUAGGGGUUAUCGCAAACUUGUGUCCGAAUGCAUCGAAGUGCGUGAACGAAAUAGUGUUACGGACAGUCUUCCUUAAUGAUACUAACAUCACCACUACGCUACACUGGAAAUACAUUGACAGUCGCGAACUGUUCCAGGUGGCACAAACAGUUACAGAGUUUCAGCGUAUUGGGGUGACUUCCUGUUUAAUAGCUACUGAUCUUGACUUCCGGUAUGUUCAACCAAUAUUUACACAUGCAAAUAUGACAUUUGUGCACGCGGGGGUUGUCAUUCCAAGCGAUUUAUCGUCUAACAACAAAGCUACACUCGGAUGUAACUUUCAAAACCAAGAUCCUGAUCUUACCAAACAGGGCAUGUGCCAACCUCCUUCCGGUUAUGUAGGUCAUGUGAUACCUCAGACCGUGGAACAGAAUGUGGGGCAUGUCGCCGUCAUCGUGACGUCAUUAAUCCUACACAUGCAGUGGCAUGAAGUGUUACUGCUGUAUGAGAGUGGAAUCGAAAUAGAAAUAGAGGAGACACGUCGCAUUUUAUUGGAGUAUAGUAUUUUAUAUAAUUCGACGCUGGUCGACGGCUUUGCCGAAAGCGACUACCACUCAUUGAUCAGCAAGGCAGCUAAUUGGGAGCAGAGUCGCAGAAUCAGAGUAGUCACCCUUUGUAUAAAUACAUGCGAGGACUUCCUGUCCGCUAUGGAUUCUUACGACCAAGUUCAUCUAAGGACCAGCGCUCUUCGUCAUUUUUCUGAUAUGAUGGUUAUCUCCCUUGCCGAAAAUGAGCUGCAUUUUACAAAACAUCUCAACCUAACAAUUGAUAACAUGAUAUUUAUAGCUUUUCCACAACAGUUAGCUACGAUGGAAACCAGUUUCAACGACUUUGAGCUAUUGUUGGAUAGUAUACUCAAAGACAUCACAUAUUUUGAAACACCCAAUUCCAACAUGAAGGACAUGAUGACGUCACAAGUCCUCACACACGUUCAGCAGGUACAGGGAACUAGAACGUGUCACUGGAUUCCUAUAUCGACACUGAUGUGGAUCAAUCCCGGCCCCCGGGGACUUGAUGUCGUCGGAUUUAUCGACGACAAUGGAAGAAUCUACGAGUUGUCAACUUUUUUCCCGAACAGGAACUAUGGAUGGAACGGAAGAAAUUUUAAGGUCGCCACUCUCCAGUGGUCACCUUUCGUCAUAAAGAAUGGGAACAACUCAUAUGAAGGAUUGUGCUUUGAUAUUUUCAAUGAAAUAGCGACCAGAUUUAAUUUUACAUAUGACGUCAUGGAGCCCCCGGAUGGUGACUGGGGACUGGAACUCGAUAACGGAAGCUGGAGUGGUGUUGUCGGGAUGUUACAGAGAAAGGAAAUAGACCUGGUGGUUGCAUCUCUGAACGUACACAGCCGACGAGAGGAGGUGAUCGACUUCACCUACCCAUAUUUCUAUGACAGUACAAUCAUCCUCAUCACAAAGGAGGACCCCAUGAAGACAAAAUGGCGGACGCUUAUAGACCCGUUUGACGACACGGUGUUACUGCUGAUCGGCUGUGCACUUGCGGCGAUAUCAUUCUUACUCUGUAUUUUUGAAAGACUCAGUCCGUACUACUGCGACGAAGUCAACUUCCUGGAGGACAAAAGUCUUAAAAGCUUCCAAGAUUCUUUUUGGUACCUCUACGGGGCUUUACUCACACAAGGUGGUGAUCGUCUGCCACAUUCACAGACCGGUCGGACCCUCUUGAGUUGUUGGUGGCUGUUUUGUCUGGUCAUGAUGGCGUCCUACAGUGGCAAUCUCAUAGCUUAUCUGACCGUCUCGAAAGACAAACUACCUUUUAACACGGUCAACGAGAUGUUACAAAAAGACGAUUAUAAAUGGGGCCUUAUAGGGGGAAGUUACUGGGUAACCAUAUUCAAGCACUCUGUAUUACCAGAGUUUAAGGCGGUGUGGCAGGGUAUCGAACGUUUUAACGCUUCCGACCCCAGUGUCCUUAGUACGGACCCCGACGUCCACAUACAGAAAGUCUUAGAUAGCAAUUACGCCUAUCUGGGGGACAAGACACAAAUAGAGAUCAAAAUGGCGAACGAAUGCACACUCCGCACGGGCAAAGAGGAGGUGUUGCCUUUCCAGUACGCGUUUGGUCUUCCUAAUCUCUCGCCCUACACAGACCUAAUAUCACGAGAAAUCAUCGAAAUUCACGAAAGUGGACUAAUAAACAUUUGGAAGAGUCGGCGGUGGCCGCGGACUAAUGUGUGUGCCAAUGAGUUGAUUACGUCAGCCAAAGCUAUUACAUUGGUGGACGUGCAAAGUGCAUUCUACUUAAUAGGCAUUGGUUUGACAUUGGCGUCGAUAGUCAUGGGUAUUGAAAACAUCCAAUCAGCGUUCAAGAAGAAAAAAACGGAGAGAAAAGAAAAGAAAGCAAAGGAAAAGGAGCAAAACAGUAAUGGCAUUUAACAAGUUGAUAAUGAGGCCCAUGUAACAUAUAUACAUAUCGUGACAGCCCCCAUUAGAAAUAGAACGUAGAUCAUCUGGACUUUUUCCCGUUUACCAAAGAGUGUCUUUUGCCAGUGUGUUUGCUUUCUGUAUGAUUUUGGUCCAGAACAUGAUUUGAACAGGAGAAUAAUAUGUCUAAAUCUUAUAGUGGUUCAUGUGUAAACUUUUAGAUUGUUUGAAUACAACCUCUUAAUAUUUGGAUUAAUGUUUGGCUAAUUCUUUCUGGCUCAUGAGAGAUAUUUUAGCACCACACGAUAUAGAUUUGUGAGAAUUGCUGACCUUAACUGGAUAGCAAAAGAUGAAAUGAAUAAAGAACAACAAAAGUAGUCAUGUUACCUGGAUACGGUAGGAUGUACACUAAAUCGCUAAACUACCUAAUCCUUCCAUGUUGACGUCAUUCAGUUUCAGCAAACCAUUUCAAAUACAAAUAGCACAGAGGCAGGAUCCACAAUAAAUGAUUAAUUGUACAUAAGU